UCUCACUUCUCCUUCUUCUUCGUCGUCCUUGUUCUCCUCUCCCAAUAUUGUGGCGCACGUUAAAUCCAUAUACCUAUUGUCUGCACGUUAACUAUUUCCAUUCAAAAUAUCACUCUCUCUGUAUCUCUUUCAGACGGACGGAGAAAUCUAGAGAGAGAAAAGGAAAGAAAGAAAGAAAGAAAGAAAGAAAGAAAGAAAGAAAGAAAGAAAGAAAGAAAGAAAGAAAUAAUGGAGGGUCUCUGUUUCAAACCAGGGAUGAUUCAUGGAAUCCAUUCCUUCGGUGGUGUAGGAAGUGUAGAGAAUCGAACGCAUGCGGCGCACAUUAGUGCAUUAGGCCGUUCAUCCUCUUCUUCUACUUCUUCGAUUUCUUCUGAUUCUACGACCACUAAUGGGUUUCUAUUUACAAAACCCUUGAAGUCUUUAUGGACCAGAGAAAGAGGAGGGAAUGAAAACGGAGCUGAUCAUGAAAACCUGGAUGAUAAAAAUGGAGUUAAUUUGAUUAGAGAAGAAGAAGCAGAAGAAGAAAUUGAAGGGGAAAACGAACCAAUACGUACAGAGGAGCAACGUGGAAACUGGGUUUUAAAGAUUUUACAAAUUAGGUCUUUAUGGAGAUCUAAAACUGAAAAGGAGUACAAAAAGGAUGAAGAUUUAUCUAUAAAUGAUGAAGAAAUUGGGGAUUGUCCUUGUUCUGAAGACGAAAGAUCUGAAAUUGGUCAAGGAAGUAGUGAUGAAAUUGUUGAGUUUGAUAGGGAUUCCUUCUCGAAAUUGCUAAGGAAAGUUACAUUAUCUGAAGCUAAAUUAUACGCUCAGAUGUCCUAUUUGGGGAAAUUAGCGUAUUCUAUACCUAAAAUUAAGCCAGAGAAUCUCUUGAGACGACAAGGAUUGCGUUUCGUUACUUCUUCAGUAGAGAUUAAAGCAAAUUCUAUUGAAGCUAUUGGAAAGCCAAAUCCAGUGGAUGUUCAAGAUGCAGAACAGACAAUAGAAAAUAAGGUAAAGGAGGAGGAGGAUGAAAAUCAGAAGAGUGGCUACAGGGUAAGCCCAUCUAUUGCUUAUCAUAUUGCUGCUUCUGCUGCUUCCUAUCUGCAAUCUCGUAUUCCGUUUAAAUCCUCUAAAUCGGAGACAAAGGAGGAGCAAUCUGAAGGAAGCAAUGAAACUGACGAAGAAGCUGAAUUAACAAGUGCAGAAGUUGCUUCUUUUGUAGCCACGACUAAUUCUUUGACAGCAGUAGUUGCUGCGAAAGAGGAAAUGAAACAAGCUGUAGCAAAGGACUUGAGUUCACUACAUACAUCACCAUGCGAAUGGUUCGUAUGUGACGACGAUCAGAGUGGGACAAGAUUUUUCGUAAUUCAGGGUUCCGAGUCCCUGGCUUCUUGGCAAGCAAAUCUACUAUUUGAGCCUGUUCAGUUUGAGGGAUUAGAUGUAUUAGUGCAUAGAGGUAUCUAUGAGGCUGCAAAAGGGAUCUAUGAGCAGAUGUUGCCAGAAGUCCGUGCCCAUCUGAAGACUUGUGGUGACUCUGCAACUUUUCGUUUCACUGGUCACUCUCUUGGGGGAAGCUUGUCGCUGCUUAUAAAUAUCAUGUUACUGUUACGUGGUGAAGUGCCGCUUUCAUCUUUACUUCCUGUUAUAACCUUUGGUGCACCAUCAAUUAUGUGUGGAGGUGACCAGCUUCUCCGUAGGUUGGGAUUGCCUCGGAGUCAUCUCCAAGCCAUUACCUUACACAGAGACAUAGUACCGCGAGCCUUCUCAUGCAGUUACCCUGAUCAUGUGGUUAAGCUUCUCAAAGCUGUCAAUCGCAACUUUCGAAAUCAUCCCUGUCUCACGAACCAGAAAUUACUAUAUGCGCCAAUGGGUGAGAUAUUAAUCCUACAACCAGAUGAGAAACACUCCCCACACCAUCAUCUUCUCCCAUCUGGGAGCGGCUUAUACCUUUUGAGCUGUCCCUUAUUAGAUUCUAAAGAUUCAGAAAAGCAACUCCAGGCAGCAAAAAACGUAUUCAUAAAUUCGCCGCAUCCACUUGAGAUCCUCAGUGAUCGAUCUGCAUAUGGUUCUGACGGUGCUAUUUACAGAGACCAUGACAUGAACUCCUACCUAGGGUCAGUGCGCAAUGUAAUUCGACAAGAACUAAACCAAUUAAGAAAAUCCAGGAGGGAGCGCCGUCGCCAAUCUUGGUGGACACUGAUUGCACCAUCAGGUAACCACGAAGGAAUCUUUGAGAGUGGAGAGGUGGCACAGAGCAAUUUCUCUAAUCACCAAGUACGGUUUUCAGUCAUCUUCAGAACUGGAAGAGAGUCAUUGAAAAGGCUAAGUAGAUUUGUUGCAUCACAAAACAUACACCUGCUUGUCGUGCUCUUAUUCCCUGCUCGUUUAUUGACUUAUGCCGUUGUAUAUUUCUGCUGAAAAUCUGGAGGUCGUAUUUUGUUCUUGUGGUAUGCAAAAGACAUGUAGUGGGAAGCUCUACGGGCAAACUAGACCACCUGCCUGGAAGAUGAGCUGGUGAUUCUUUUAUUCCUUAGUUUAACUAGUUACACAUACCUCCAAGUUUGAGGUUUGGAAAACGUCAAACUACUGUAUAGAAAGAAAAGUAGUCUAGGAAAGAAAAACACCCUUUAUGAUGGGGAAAUGGCAAAUUACUUUCUUUUAAAUGUUUCAGAUCCGUCGUAACUACUCGGCAUAAAUCUGUAUGCUAUUGUAAUCGUUUUAAGAUUUGGAGACUGUACUACUGAACCCUAAGAGAUUGUAAGUUCAGAUUGUAAGUCCUGUAUAAAGGAGAAGCAGUGAUUAAAAGAAAAUGUGUUCAUUUCAC